AUGCGCUCGACUCUUGGGGGAAUGAUCAAGAAGGUUCGAUGCAUCAACGGAAGUCGCCUCAACCCGGGAAUCGAAGCAUUGGCACCAUCGUUUGAAGAAGUCAGCUGGGAACCGGAUGUAUGGCCAACGCCCACGCAGACACCUUCAGAAGUAUAUCGCAUUUUGAUCGCAAGGGUGAUUGGUGAUGUAGAACAAAGAGAACCAGAUAGUGAGAUUGGCCUGGUGGUCCAGGAAACCGCUGGGCGGUUGGAGAGACUAGGGUUGUGGAGACAACGGCUCGAUGAGAGGGAGGGAUUAUUGAAUGCUCGUCAACUCUCCACUACAACCAAGUCACAGGUAACCCUAUACGGCUUGCUCGCGGUUUCCUACCGCCUCUGGGGAUUGGACGGCCAGAUAAGUGAUACCAAAGACUGCUUCAUAGCCGACGAAACACGUUCAUCUACGCAUGUUAUGGAUUCAGAGAAGGACCAACAACGGUGGGGACGGCAGGAUGCUCUUCCUGAACCUCCGGCCGAACAUCCAGGACACAGUACCUCCUCUAAAGUAGAGCACAAAUCAGACGGACCAUCACGGCUAGAGGGUACGGGGACUUUGGGGGAGCGCGCAACUGCACGCCUUCGUGCCUUUGCCGGGGUACUCGAUGACAACUACCUACCAUCGAGGCCCAAGCGCCCCAAUGGCACCCAGGUCACUCACCCCAGCAGCCUACCACUCGCACUCACAACGAGAACCAUCCUCCUAUCACCAAUGGACGCUUUCACCGCUACCAAAUUCGAGGACAUCACCGUCGCCGUGCCCCCCGUCAAUGAGGAGGGCGGAGGCAAUGGCGGAGGCGCGUACUGCGUCGUCGCUUGA